UGGUCAUGUGCUCGCCCGACCUGGCCGCAUCAAGUUAGGCUGAGGUGCCGUUAUAUAGGCCGGCGGAGGAGCACGCGUGUGUGCGGUCGCACUUGCCUGAAGGAUUUCUGCUACCUUCCGUGCCGUGGAGCAGAGCCUGUUCCUCGCCCGCUCAGCCGCGCAGGGUCUCACUAAGUUCCCUAGGCUGGGCUUGAAUUUACCAGUUGUGCCUCAGCCUCCCGGAGUGCUGGAAUUACAGAUGUUUAACCUGCCACCUGCCCAGUUUGUAGGAUUUUUAUAAGGGCUUGGCAUCAUCGGUUCCUGUGAAAUAUACAUUGCGACCUUCAGCAGCUGUGUCAGGAGACAGUUUGGAGAGAGUAACUGGAACCUCAGGAAGCAGCGGUCUUGGACUUUCCCGUUAAAGCUGCAGCAUACAGGUUAAAUUGACCAAAGCAAUGGUUAUGGAGAAGCCGAGUCCCCUGCUGGUCGGGCGGGAGUUUGUGAGGCAGUAUUACACGCUGCUGAACCAGGCCCCGGACAUGCUGCACAGAUUCUAUGGAAAGAACUCUUCCUAUGUCCAUGGAGGAUUGGAUUCAAAUGGAAAACCUGCGGAUGCAGUCUAUGGGCAGAAAGAAAUUCAUAGGAAAGUGAUGUCACAGAACUUCACCAACUGCCACACCAAGAUCCGUCACGUCGAUGCGCACGCUACCCUGAACGAUGGUGUGGUGGUCCAGGUCAUGGGGCUGCUCUCGAACAACAACCAGGCCUUGCGGAGGUUCAUGCAGACGUUUGUCCUUGCUCCUGAGGGCUCUGUUGCAAAUAAAUUCUAUGUUCAUAAUGAUAUCUUCAGAUACCAAGAUGAAGUCUUUGGUGGCUUUGUCACUGAGCCUCAGGAGGAAUCUGAGGAAGAAGUAGAGGAGCCUGAAGAAAGACAGCAGACACCUGAGGUUGUACCUGAUGAUUCUGGAACUUUCUAUGAUCAGACUGUCAGCAAUGACCUGGAAGAACAUUUAGAGGAGCCCGUUGCUGAACCAGAGCCUGAUCCUGAACCAGAACCAGAGCAAGAACCUGCAUCUGAAAUCCAAGAGGAAAAGACCGAGACCGUUUUAGAAGAAACUGCUCCUGAGGAUGCUCAGAAGAGUUCUUCUCCCGCACCUACAGACAUAGCUCAGACAGUGCAGGAAGACUUGAGGACAUUUUCCUGGGCUUCUGUGACCAGUAAGAACCUUCCUCCUAGCGGAGCUGUUCCUGUGACUGGGAUCCCUCCUCACGUUGUGAAAGUGCCAGCACCACAGCCCCGUCCAGAGUCUAAACCUGAAUCUCAGAUUCCACCACAGAGGCCUCAGAGGGAUCAAAGAGUGCGAGAGCAACGAAUAAAUAUUCCUCCCCAGAGGGGACCCAGACCAAUCCGUGAGGCUGGGGAACAAGGUGAUGUUGAACCCCGAAGAAUUGUGAGACAUCCGGACAGCCAUCAGCUCUUCAUCGGUAACCUGCCUCAUGAGGUGGACAAAUCAGAACUUAAAGAUUUCUUUCAAAAUUAUGGAAAUGUGGUGGAGCUGCGCAUCAACAGUGGUGGGAAAUUACCCAAUUUUGGUUUUGUUGUGUUUGAUGAUUCUGAGCCUGUGCAGAAGGUCCUGAGCAACAGGCCCAUCAUGUUCAGAGGUGAAGUCCGUCUGAAUGUGGAAGAGAAGAAGACUCGCGCUGCCAGGGAAGGGGACCGUCGCGAUAACCGUCUGCGGGGACCUGGGGGCCCUCGAGGUGGGCUGGGCGGCGGCAUGAGAGGCCCUCCCCGCGGAGGAAUGGUGCAGAAGCCGGGGUUUGGAGUAGGAAGGGGAAUUGCUCCGAGGCAGUGAAUUGCUUCCCACUCACCCUCGCCAAGCCUGUAACCCCAGCUCCUGCAGAAUGGUGAAUUCUUCAGCCAUCCUUCGGUGUCUUGGAGUAUGACCCCAGUCUGUUUAUAAACUGCUUCAGUUUGUACAAUUUUACUUUUUGUGUUAAUGGUGUGUGCUCCCUCCCUUUCCCCUUCUCUUGGCCUUUCAGUCUUUUACUUCCCAUUUUGUGGAACGAUGUUUUAGGAGUAACGGAUUUUUAAAGAAGAAGAAGAAAAAAGACUGAAUUUCCUUGCUUACUUUGCAUAUAUAGACUGGAUUUUUUUUUUUUAAACAGCCAUUUCCCCAAAGGAAUGUGUCACUUAUUACUGACAUUUGGUAUGUUUCAUUCAUUGGAAUAUUUCUUACUUAUUUUUUACGUGUUUCAAAAGCCUGUGAAGUACAGGGUUUGAUAAACAUUUUGGAGAUAGGAGAAAUCCAAAUUGUGUCUUCUUUGAGAGUCACGGCUACCUUCUGAUGUGGAAAAAUGGUCAUACGGAAAAUUUGAAAAACUUGAUUCUCACUGAUAUGGUUAAAAACUGAAUAAAAGGUGUUAAUAGAACUUUUCUUUUGAUAUCGAUCACAAAACAGUUCUAAAACCUGUUUUUACCAUUAAAAUUUAAAUUGUAAGAUAGGUUUUGAAUGUCUAGAAUGCAAUUGAUAGGUUUUUCCUGAACUGUUAGAUUUUUUUGUAGAGUUUUUCAUUUGUAUUUGUUUAAAAAAAAAAAGAAAAGAAAAAAAAAAAUACAAACCCCUAAAUCUGAAUAACAACCAGAGCAAAACUGUUGUGCCUUCUAUUUAUCUUUGAUUCCACUCUUGGCAAUUAUUUAAAGAAAAAUUAAAAAAAAAAAAAUCUAGAUUUGUUUUUAUGUUCAGAGAAUGUGAGGAAUUGUAGACUCCCUCUCUCUUCACCGUGUAUGACUUCUGUUAACAUUCAUUACACCUUACCCUAAAUUGAGUCUCAAACUGGAGAAUGCCUUUGAGGACAGAUGCUUCUGUAGAGGUUCUUUGACCUAAAUAGCUGAGCAUUUGUAUUAGGUUUUAUUUUGGUAUCUAAUCAGAUUCCUAAUCAUAAAAAAGAGAAAGAAUUGUGACUUUAAUAGUGGACUUCACCAGUGUGCUCAAGUGUCUGCAGUUUCUUUUCUUUAAAUCAUAGUCAUGUGGUAAAUUUCCCAUUUUGUUAUGAUUCUCUUAUUGAUGGGCAUGCAGUGGGUGUUUCUUGAAAUGGCCAAUUUUUAUUAAAAUAUUUCUGGAAGAAAAUUUAAUCUGGCAAUAUAGACUAUAAUAAUACUCAUUUUACAAAGUUAUGUUAUUUGUUGAGUGCUGUGUGUGAGGUGAGUGAAGGUUUUAUUUACAUGUGUGAAACAAGCCUUUGUGUGACAGCUUGCCAUUACUAAUCUAAGGGCAACCAGGUUGGUCGAAUUUAACUUAUUUUCUUAUUAACAGUGUUCAACUUUAGAGCUGUCAUUUGAGGAUAGCAUGUGAAUAGAAAUAGAAAUUUUUUAUUUUGCUGUUAGUAACUGUAGACUUGCUAUGAAAGGAUCACCUAAAACUAAAUGAUGUGUAACGUUACCAGUUUGGUCCCAGUACCUUAAAUAUGUAAAUAUUGGUAGCGUCUCCUUCACAUAAAGAAAACUUAAGUCACACGGCUGUGUUUUGGGUCAGUUUAAGUAACUCGGUGACCACUUCAUUUGGCCUAGGCCAGUGUUAAUUAGAAGGAUUUCAGUUUGUAUCUCUGUAGCUUACAUUAAGCUUGUGGUGAAGCGAGAAAUGUUAGCCUGAACUGUGUGUGUGUGUGUGUGUGUGUGUGUGUGUGUGUGUGUGUGUUUUAAUUCUAGUGAUCAGACCCAGCUAUUUCCUCAGUCAUUUUUAUUUUAUAUUUUGAGGCAGGCUCUUGCUAAGUGGCUUAGUUGCUCAGGCUGGGCUUGAACUUGAUCUUCCUGCCUCAGCCUCCCAGAGUGCUGGGAUUACAUGGGUGCCACCACCGUCACUAUACCCGGCUCUGGGUUACUUUUCAAAAAAAACUUCCAGGUCAUAAAUUAUAGAUAACCUAGAAAUAAUUUUUCUCAAUUAAAUACUCAGUUGACUUUUUUUCUCAGUUUAUUUAAAAAAGAAAUGUAUCCUAAUGAGAGGUUUAAGGGCACUAACAAGAUGUGAUGUUGGAAGUUUGAGAUUCGGAGGGCCUGUGGGGUACAGCACCACUUCUGACAUUCGCUGGGUGGGGCCAAACGAAGCCCUGCCCCCUUGGACACUGGACUCCUGUGGUCUGUGCUCCGUGGUCAAGUGGUACGGUGGGAUGAGGGAGGUGACUGAAGGGAGGCUCAUGGUCCUUACUGGGCCUCUGAUAGUUAGGGAGUGUGAGUCUCUUAGGAAUUACUGUAACAUCUUCUCUAAGGAAAUCUCCCUUCCUGUUAUUUGUACCAAAUUGCAAGUGUGCGUGCCUGUGUGUGUGGAUGUUUAAAUGUAGAGAGGUGUAGCAGUCUGCUGGACGCUCCUGUAACUCACUGCAGGGAAUCACUGCGUCAUCUCAGAAACUCAUUUCCUCAGUAACUUCAAGUCCUUAGAAUUGGUUUGGUUGUGUGGUUUUGAAUAGCACUGGGCCUGAGAAAUGGGAUUUAACUUGAUGGUCACUACUAAAUCCUAGUACCCUUGUUUACAUUGUUGCAUAUAGGGUAAGGAGGAGAGCUUAGGGGAGGGCUGCAUGCACACAGCUGAGCGGUGGAGGCCAAGUGAGUUGGGUGACGUUUUCUGUAAUCAACAAGGUCAUCACAUCGAUGUUUUUAGAUUUUACAGUGCAGAUGUUCAAGGUGUUCAUCUGUAGCAUUGUAGUAGUUCUUUGCUACUGAGCUUAAGGCCCUUGACCCAUGAGUAUUUUAACUAGAUAGCUUAGUUUGGUUCACUGGAUCUCAGCCUUUUAAGACCUAUUGAAAAUAAAUAGAUCUUGGGGCCAGGGUUUUAGCUCAAUGGUUUCACUACCUGCCUUGAAAGCGCAAGGUCCCAAGUUUGAUCCCCGGUACCCAAAAAAAAGGAAAAAAAAAAAAGAAAAUAAAUAGAUCUUGGCCUAAAAUAUUUUUGCUUUCAGUGUGAGGUUGACUCUGAGCCCUUGCUUAGGAGCAGUGAAAAGGAUAAUGCAAAAAUAAUUACCUUAUUUAGGAUAAGUCAGUUACUGCCACAGCAUUAGUUUAGUUGCACUAUAGAAAGCCAUUCUCAUGCCUACCUUGUGGAUUGUAUGACAUUGUCCCUAAAAUAACAGAUGGAAGAAAUGGCAUCAGCACAGUUAAAUGACCAGGCCUUGAAGUCAUCCAUAUAGCAAGGAACAAAUUGUCCUUCAGAAUCAUUGCUUUUUCUUCAGAAGCACAGUGUCUACCUUUUUACAUUUGGAUGACCUAUGUAGUGUGUAAGCUCUUCCUUUUUUCCCCCCCUUCAGACCAGGUCUCUCUAUAUAGCACAUGCUGGCUUCAGCCUCCUGCCUCUCCUGCCUCUCCUGCCUCAGCCAAGCGCUGGGAUUACAAGUGUGCAUCACUACGCCUGGCUUCAGUAGGAUUCCUAUAAUAAAGUUACUGCUGAGAGACCUUAGUGUGGAAGAUACUCAGAACAAGUUCAGCAUUGCUGUUCUUUUCUUGAGAGCAAGUAAGGUUGUAUUUCACUGUAGGUCUCUUUUGAUGCUUGUAAAACCUGUGUGAUAACAGUGAUUUGUUCUUAAAAUUGUUUUCUUGAUCUGAUGUCUGAUGUACAUUUAGUACAAAUUUAAAAUUUGGAUGUGGGUGAUUACGGUAUUUUUAUUAUAACAUAAUUCAGGUGAGUUUAAAGUUAUGUUUUAUACUCAAUAACUGCCAUCCCCUGAUACUUUUCUGUACAAACUUUCUUAUUGGAAAAACCCUUGUAGAAAUUAGUGAUUUAGUGGAAAGGGUUGCACUUUAUAGAAAGCAGUUAAAAUAGAAUCUCUGUCUAUGAAGUUCAGAUUUGUAGACUGUGGUCUAUGCUGAGUGAAUUAGUUCUUUAAGUAAAUAGUUUCAUUUGUCAUAUCUCCUGAUUUUUUUUUUUGUGCUACUUAAAAGAAUCUCUGCAGAAUUGCAUGCACGUGAAAUAACUGUUGACUUUAGUUAGCAGUUUUUAACCUUAUAAAGAAGGAAUGUCAAUAUUUAUUUGAAUAUGGGGUUUUAGCUGACUGCCAAAUGUACCGAAAGUAGGCAGUGGACAGGGAACUUUGCACAGUGGUUUAGAAUCAUCUAGGCAAUGUCUCGUGUGGGAUUUUGGUAGGGGAGAGCUGCUGGUGCACCAAUGGCCAUGUGAUAUUAGAUGACAACUAAGUUAAAUAAAGAGUUCUGGUUUUAAGAAACCUUUGGGUUUCUUCAAAAAAUGCCUUUGGGGUUUAUAUUUGUUCACUGUAAUGUUGAGGUUAUGGGACCAUGGGUAGGUCGUGAACUCUUGAUAAUAAAGGAGAAAUGGCAGCACAUGAGAGAGAAACAUUUCUUUUCCUAUUCUUAGUGGAUACGUUGCUCAGCGUAAUGCUCAUGAUUUCAUGAUACAGUAGCCACAAAACAUGGCCUGGGUGAGUAAACCUCACUAGAAGUCACUUAAACCCCUUAUGUGGUUUCAGUUUUGAUGGAAUUGAGGUUCAUUUUUCAAGGUUAAUAUGGCUUGUUUUGAAAACUUGGGACAGUCUUUUUCCUGUCCACUUUCUGACUUGAAUUUUGUAGCUUUUUUUAAGGUCCCCGUGAGUAAGAAUAAUAGUGGGAAACGGUUCCAAUGAAACUCCUUAUAAGCCAUAUGAUUUGGCCAGCUACAGAAAUCCAUACAUGUUUAAUACUUUGAAAUACAUCCCAGAUUUGUAAGGGAUGUGCUGCAGUGUGACUUAGGGGCUCCCCCGCCCCCCCAAAGUCAAUUAAAAAUGUUUGCCAAACAUUCCUGAUUGAAAUACUUAAAUAAGGAAUUUUCAAGAAGCCACCUAAUGUACAGGUGCAAAUUCCCUUUGAUGUGUGUUACCAUUAUGUAUGACUAAAAUGUACCAGUAAAUGUUUUGCUAUUAAAAAAAAAAGCACCACCUAUGGGGCAUUGCCUAUAUUUUUGAUAGUAAUUACAAGGAUGAUUAUAUCAUGUUUAACAUGGAUAGAAACAAUUUUAGCUAAUGUUAUAAUUAAAGCUACUUUGGUUACUGGUUCUCUCCAAGCUUUGAUGUCACCUGUUUGACUUUUGGAUCUGUUUACCUUUUAAAUUUUUGUUACAAAGAUUGCAUAUACCCUGAUUCUGUCCUUUUUGAUGGCGACAUCACAUCCAAGAAGCAAGAAGCAAGGACCCUUAACAUUUGGUGCACAUUAACUUGAGUAGCUAUAGAAAAUUUUAAAAAUAAAUUCAUAUAUAGGUAGAUGUUAACAUGUUAAAAGAUUGGAGGUAGAGGUAGAAUUUAGCUGAGAAAAUAGGAGUUUGUGAUUUAUAUGGAAAAAUUAUAUUUUUGAGAAUCUGAGUAUUUCCUUAAAGAUUUCCUUCCCUUUCUGAUUACCACAAUGGAUGGGAGAGACUCCUCGAACUUUUCAGUCAUAGAUUGCUAAUGCUGGAAGGCAUUAAGAGGUGGCUUGUGUAACACCUUCAUUUUACAGGAGAUAAAUGAAUGGCUCAGAGUCCCAGAACUGCACAUAGAAGAAAGUUGGAGAAUCUUCAGGGACCAGCAGGCUAGGUUCCCUGUAGAAGGCCAGAGCUGCUACAGAUCAGGAUGUGGGGAGAGAAGGGAAGGCAUCACAUUUUAAUGUUUAUCCAGUUCAUUCUGUAAUUGUUUUCUUUUUUCUUUUUUUGGUAUUGGGGAUUGAACUCAGGACCUUGUGCCUCCAAGGCAGGCACAGUGCCACUGAGCUAAGUCCUAGGCCCUUUAAUUCUGUUUUCAUACCCAGGUUUUCUCUGUGUUCUUAGGGCUGUCUUAAUGCCCAGCUCUAUCAGGGCUUGUUGUCUAAGGACAUUAACUUGUGCUCCCCUCAGAAGGGUUUACUACUAGCUCUCAGAAGGCUAUCGGGUAUCCUGAUGUUUAAUAGCUGAAACUCAGCUGUAAUCUCCUGAAUCCUGCAGCAUUUUGUGUUCUGUACAUUGUGGUGCUUUUCCACCUUGUUAUAACUGUAAGCUCCUAGGGGGCAGCAAUUGGGUCUUAGACGUGUACCUUUUUUAGUGCCUGGCAGCGCCGUGUAUGUAUGCAGGUCCUAGUAUUCCUUUCCAGGUGUUUCUCUUGAUCUUCAUGGAAAUGAUGCUCCAGCAUGCUCAGCCACUGGUGGUCCCUCACCGAGUAGUGGUCCCUCACUGGUAGGCUGCCCUCACCGAGUCCAUGGAUUCAAGUGCCUUCCUUCUCUUCCUGAAGAUAUACUUGUGUCUAUACCCUGCUUCCCAGUCUCUUCAUCAUCCACGUCAUUAUUUUUUUUCCCACGUCAUUUUUUAAAAGAUCGAGAAGAGCUGUUUUUACCUUAAGAUUUGCAACAGGGAUAGGGAAUCCUGUGUUCAGAACUUGAGCAAACUCAUUCUUAUCUACUUCCAUCUUGUCCCUCCUGUUUGAGGUUCUGUCCUGACUUUCAUAAUUUAAGCUGUGUGUUCCUGGAGCACUUUAUACCCUUCUCAUAGCCUAGAGUUCGAAUUAUAUUAUCUGUUUCACUGCUUUGUUAGACUCAUUUCUUGGAGAACAAGGACUGGGGGGGUUAGGCCCUGUAUUUGUCGGAAUAUACUACUAUCCUGGAGUCCCUCCAUGGGAGCUGAGUUAAAUAGUGAAGUUUUCUGUUUUCUCACAUGGGGAGUAUACCUGGAGGAGGUUUUGAGUUCAGUAAAUCCUGGCGGCCCUAUGACAUUUCAGUGGAGGAAAUCAUUGGGACGUUUUAGGGAGUGGGCCAGAAGGGGACAGAGUCACUGGCUGUUCCUCAGUUCUUCCAUCCCUGGCCUGGGUGAUUAGCGUUUCUGUUGUAUCUAGCAUGUCCCGAGCACCUUGAUGCAGAGUGAUUUUCAUAACCUUGUUGCUCCCACUGCUCUUUCAGUUCCUGAUGUCACCCAUGCAACUAGUGCAGUCGUCUGCUUCCCGUUUUGUCACUGCACUGUUUCCGGCGUCUUGUCAUUUUACCUCAACAGGCUUUCACUUCUCUUUCCUCCUUACCUAAUUUGAACAGCUUCUCAGCUUCACAGUACCUCUUACUCCAGCUUGUUUUCUACACUGUUAGAUUCAUCUCACUGGAAACGUAUACCUACCUGAUGGUGUAGCCCACUGUGUGUCUUAUCCCCCCUAGUAGACUGUAAGCUCUUUAUGGGCAGGAUCUGUGUGUUAAACCCCCUUUGUUAUCCCCCAUAGCGCCUACCAAUAAAUAUUUCUUGAAUGAA